AUUCAGACAGCAAUGUACGUUCGUGUUUUUGCCCUUCCUACACCUUCAUGCCAAGCACGAUCCAUGGCUCAGACUAGGACGUAUUUCAGCGAUCAUGAAAGUGGCAAGCAGUAUCUGCUUUGGAAGAUCGAUGGAAACGCACACAAUGUCCCCUCCGCCAUCAAGAUACGAGAGCUUGAUACGAGCGUCGGUUGCACUUUGGCCACCGGCUCAGAAGUGCAUGAGCUCAUCCGCAACGACCUGCCAUGGGAAGGUACCGUAGUGGAGGGGCCCUUCUUGAUCAAGCGUGGCGGCUUCUACUACCUGUUCUACUCCGGGGAGUGCUAUGGUAACCACCGGUACUGCGUGGGUGUGGCUCGGGCGGAGCAGGUCUUGGGGCCCUACGAAAAGGCUGCCGCACCCGUUCUUUCAAGCGGCCGCGGCUUUGCCGGGCCUGGGCACUGCGUUGUCGUCGCCGCGCCGGGAGGGGAUGUCAUGGUUUACCAUGCCUGGCCUUCGGAUAGCCCUGGUGGCCGGGGCUCGCGCGGCGGGAAGCGGCAGGUGCUGGCAGAGCGCGUGACGUGGGAGGAUGGUUGGCCUUGUGUCGGCUGCGGCGUGCCAACGACCGGACCACAGCCGUCCCCACAUCAGUGUGCGGAGCCGAAACGCCUCCUGGCACCCGGCAAGGUGUAUCGCCUCAAGGCUUCUCAGGACUGGGGCGUGUACAUGGGCUAUGAAGGCAAGCUGACAAAGUCCAAGGAUGAGGCCUACGUCGUCCGACCUGGCUUGAAGCCGGGCGGCACUGUGAGUCUGGAGGCAGCGAGCCGUCCAGGUCAUUUCUUGAGGCACCGGUGCGGCAAGCUGGAGCGACUUGGACUCUUGUGA